GUCGCGAGUGCUUACUCCGCUGAUUGGUCGUCAGACCCGCUCUGUGCUGCGUUGGUUCCGCCCACGUCGGCUGUUUGUGGUGGGGCUGCGGAGUCGCCGAUCCGCCGGAAGCGCCAGGACAAUGGGGACCCGGGACGACGAGUAUGACUACCUAUUUAAAGGUGCGACCGGCGGGGCCCAGACAGUGGUGCUUAUCGGGGAUUCAGGUGUGGGCAAAAGCAAUCUACUGUCACGCUUUACCCGAAACGAGUUCAAUCUGGAGAGCAAGAGCACCAUUGGAGUGGAGUUUGCCACACGCAGCAUUCAGGUGGAUGGCAAGACCAUCAAGGCACAAAUAUGGGAUACAGCCGGCCAGGAGCGCUACCGUGCCAUCACUUCCGCGUACUACCGUGGUGCGGUGGGUGCACUGCUAGUAUAUGACAUUGCCAAGCACCUGACAUAUGAGAAUGUAGAGCGCUGGCUAAAGGAGCUGCGGGACCAUGCAGACAGCAACAUCGUCAUCAUGCUGGUGGGCAACAAAAGUGACCUACGCCACCUGCGUGCUGUGCCCACUGAUGAGGCUCGUGCCUUUGCAGAAAAGAACAAUUUAUCCUUCAUUGAGACCUCAGCCUUGGAUUCUACCAACGUAGAGGAAGCAUUCAAGAACAUUCUCACAGAAAUCUACCGCAUUGUGUCACAGAAGCAAAUUGCUGACCGUGCAGCUCAUGAUGAGUCCCCUGGCAAUAAUGUGGUGGACAUCAGCGUGCCACCUACCACUGAUGGACAGAAACCCAAUAAGUUGCAGUGCUGCCAGAACCUGUGAUUACCCCACAUCUCCACCUUCACCCAGCGUGCGUGCAAGGCUGGUCUCAGCCCACCCUUCACCAGUGUCCUGGCCCUCCCCCUCAUCCUUCUGGGACUGUCCCCACCCUUCAAAUGAGCUCUGCCUGUCAGCCACCCAGCCCAGGAAGAACAGAGCAUCAAGCAACCUCCCUCUAGCCUGUUUGAGAGAAGCUAGAAGCCCUUGCUUGUGUACUUGCUUUCCUUGGGUCCCUGUGGGCAUUUUGACUAGGUGGGGAGAUUGGCAAGAUGGAUAGUGCCAGCCAGAGGUGAGGAGGAAGAGUGGACAGAGCUGGCUUCUCCCAUUUUCCAUGGCAGACUCCAGGGAGCAAUGACUUCCCUUUCACUCUGGCCAGUUGGCCCAGCUGGUCCACAUCCCCACCCAGACCCAUCUCUAGGCUGAUACCCAAAGAGCCAGGCAGCAGGGCUUGGGUAGGUGGACGUUUGACCCUGCCUCCCGCCUGUACCUCCACAGCCAGUGCGGCCUUGAGUGCUCCUGGGCCUGCGAAACUUCUGCUCCUGCCUAUAGAUUCAUGCUGGGAGAAGAUUCCCUCACCCCUCUUCUUGCCCUCCUCUGCACGCAGCAAUUCCUUUAGCCCCACCUGUCUUCCCUUCUCUGUCUUGUCUCCCUGUCUGGUCAGGAACCUAUUUGCAAGUGAAGCAAUAUUUCCAUGUUUUGUAUAUAUAACUGCUCUUGUAGCCUUUGGUUUUUGUUAUUGUAGAGAAACACAGAUUCUUUAUACACUUUGUAAGAUUUAUGCCAAACCCCAGCUCUUGAUCUCUUAUUUUUCCCUGUGGCCCCUGCACUGUUGCCCAUUACUAAAAUGUAUAAGCCAACUUCCUGUACAGAAA